UCAGCGCAACUUUUGGAAAGUGAAAAAAAGAGAAAGCAGCUCUCCUUCUCGCGAUAGCAGCUUCCUUAUGCAGCCGCCAUAUUCUGUGACAGUAUUUUGAUUCGUAUCUGCUGGAAGUGAGGAAAAAGAGAAAAGUGAAGGGCUGUCGAGGGGAGGGGGGGCUGAAGAAGAGGAGCUGUCAAAAAGUGAUUCCCUAUUCUCUAUCAAACGGCGGAGAGCUGGGGCCAGGUAUCCCUUCAUUAACGCUGUUUCGAGGACACACAAGGCCCGGAGCCUCGGUGCAGUUGGCUCUUCAUCUCCCUGGUAGUAGCUGGACUCCUCUCGGCUUCGACUGUCCCAGCUCCGCGGCCCUCUGGAGGUCCGGCGGCGGUGUCGGGUGUUGAAGGCGGCCUGGGGAGCGGCGGCGGCAGCGGAGACGGAAAGAUACAGCAUCUGUAGUGUGGACCUGACAGAGGUUUCUCCUGUGUAAGGACCGAUAACAUAGAGCGGUGGAGUGAACUGAUGGAAUGAGCUGACCAAAGACAGAAGUGCUGUUAAUGUCCUGCUGUCUGUGUGCUUCAAAGAGCAUGAUGACAUACAAAGAUGUUCAAGAUGAAGGCACCUUGCUGCCACGCCUGACGCCCCAGUGCGCUUAACAGAACAAGCAGUCCUGACCUGGCAACAUACGAAUGGCCCAGGGAAGCCACCAGAUUGAUAUUCAGGUUUUGCAUGACCUGCGCCAGAAGUUCCCUGAAGUCCCAGAGGGUGUUGUCUCCCAGUGUGUUCUGCAGAUACUUAUUGGUGCCAGCAGAUUUGGUCCAUUCGUGACAAGCAGCAAGUUAAACCAUUUCAUUAACAACAACAACCUGGACGCCUGCUGUGAAUACUUGUCCCAGGUCAGUCCGGGCUACCUGUACAGUGAAGAAGGAAACCUCAGCUUCUCCGACGACCCCGGCUUCAUUAGGCUUCGUAAUCAUAUGACCCAGUUGAACCUGGGCCUGCAGUCUCAGAAUGUGCAUUUGGCCCCGGUUCGGGACAGCCUGAGAAUGAACGGCAGUCGGACUCUGGCCCACAGCCUGAGUGACGGGCCCCUUCAGACAGGACAGGCCCCCAACAGUGACUUCUUUCAGCAGGAGCCACAGUCAGCCCCAGUGCAGGUGCCCUCCAGCAUCAAUGUGUUUGGUGUGAUGGAGCCAACCCGUAAACCGCAGCCCCCCCAACACCUAGGACUCUACCCUCUGGGUGUCAAAGGAACAACUAUGGGUGUCCAGCAGACCCCACGCUUCAACCCCAUCACCGUGACGCUAGCCCCCCAUAUUCAGACAGGACGCAACACCCCCACUUCUCUGCACAUACACGGCGGGCCCCCGUCGGGCCUCAACAGUCCACAGGGUAACUCCAUCUAUAUCCGGCCCUAUGUGAGCCAGUCUGCUGCGAGCCGGCAGAACCAGCCGCAGGGGGGCCGGGCCCAGUACAGCCCCACCUCCCAGCCCCAGCAGCAGAUCUACCAGAUCUCACACCCCUCCUCCCUGUCGGGCACCUGGUCUGGCCCUCAGCACGCCUUGUCCUCGCAUACCUCACAGCACCAGACCUCUCAUGUCUACAUGCCAAUCAGCUCCCCCACAAACCCCCAGGCCCCCUGCAUUCUUCCCACUGCAAGCCAGGCCUCUUCCUCUGGUGUCUCCUCGUGCUCUUCCUCCUCCUCCUCCGUCAUGCCCACCUCCCUGUCGACCAUCAGUCAGUACAACAUCCAGAACAUCUCCACCGGCCCCAGAAAGAAUCAGAUAGAGAUCAAACUAGAAUCCCCUCAGAGAAACAACUCCACGACCACGACAGCCGUGCUGCGGACGAGCAGCGGGGCCCGCUCCUCCUCCGCCUCUUCCUCCUGCCCUUCCUCUUCAUCCACUUCAACUGGGGUGGCUACGGUCCCCAGCACCCCUCUGUCCAUCGGAGGCCCCGGUCUGAGCCGCAGCCAGCCCACUGUUUACAUCUCUGCCAGCCCUCCUGCUGCGGCCCCAGCGGCCUGUGAGGAGGCGGCCCUGGCCCCUGCCGGCGCUCGAUCCCAGCCCAAGUUUUACAUUUCUGCCAAUGCCUCCAGCGACGAUAGUGGUGGUGGUAGGAACCCUCCCACAGUCUACAUCUCAGCCAACCCUCCCAUGCAGGGACCCUCAGGGGCCAGGAACAUGGGGGGCCAAGUGAGCAUGGGCCCUGCCUACAUCCACCACCAUCCACCUAAGUCCCGUGCCUCUUUAGGAGGGGGAGGCACAGCUUCCUCCCCACGUGUUGUGGUAACUCAGCCCAACACCAAGUACACUUUUAAAAUCACAGUGUCCCCCAAUAAGCCCCCGGCUGUGUCCCCUGGAGUCGUGUCCCCAACUUUUGAGCCCAACAACCUCCUCAGCCUCCCCGCUGACCACCACUUUGUUGAGCCCGACCCCCUCCACCUCUCCGACCCGCUGUCGCCUCACAGGGAGAGGCCGAGCGAGCCGCGCCGACUCAGCAUGGGCUCUGACGACGCUGCGUACACACAAGCGCUGUUGGUCCAUCAGAAGGCACGAAUGGAGAGGCUGUGGCACGAGCUGGAGCUGAAGAAGAAGAAACUGGAGAAGCUAAAAGAGGAGGUGAACGAGAUGGAGAGCGACCUGACCAGGAGACGGCUGGAGAGAUCCAGCUCCGCCUCCACAAUCCCUUCUAUUGAGGAAAUGAAGCAGUUGAGAUGCAAAAACAGGUCCCUGCAGAUCGACAUUGACUGCCUCACCAAAGAAAUUGAUCUCCUUCAAACAAGAGGACCACACUUUAAUCCCAGUGCAAUCCAUAAUUUUUAUGACAACAUUGGAUUCCUCGGUCCUGUCCCACCCAAACCCAAAGGUACUUUAUCUCUUGACGUGGGCACCAAGGCAGUGAAGCCCCUGGCAGAGCAGGAGGAGGACGAGGGGACGCAGUGGAGCUGCACCGCCUGCACCUUCCUCAACCACCCCGCCCUCAACCGCUGUGAACAGUGCGAGUUCCCGCGGCACUUCUGAGCCUACAAGGCCCCCUCCUCUGCCAUCCUGUCUGCACCAUAACACCAGAGAGAAGGUCUUUGUUCUUCUUCGGUUUCUUCAUCGUAUGAACUGGUACGGGGCUCGCUCAUCAUGCGUCCUGUUCCCCUUUUUUGCAAUGCUCCCACUGAAGGCCUGACAGGAUGGUGUUCACAGAGGAGGACCAGACCUCAGCUGAGAGACUCAGAGGGGGGGGGGCGGGGGAAACUUUAUCCUGGGAUACCUCGCUGCUCCCACUUACAGUAUUACAAGUGUGGCCCAGCAGUGUGACCACACACACACACACACACACACACACACACACACACACACACACACACACACACACACACACACACCCACCCACCCAUACCCCCCCACACACACACCCCCCCACACACACACACCACACAUAGGUACCUAUGUGCCUUUUGUUGAUUACAUUGGGUUCUUCUUGCUCUGUGGUGGCCUGUUCAGCCACUGCUCUCCAUCUGAAGGGAAUCCUGACGGACUGAUCGAGGACUUUAAAGUGUGUUUGCUGUCUGUAGAGGAUGUCAAAGGGGGGUGUUGCUAACUGCCACUCUCAUGUGCCUCUUGUCCUCCCUCUUCUGUGCCUUGGGUCACGAGUUAAUCAAAAGAAAGAAAGUUGCAUGCUUGUGUACAGUACAUGGAGGCAGAAACUCCCCUUGAGCUUUUAACUGUACAUACUUUUAGAAUGUGCCUUGAAAGCCUCCCUCCUCACACUAUGACUUAUAUUUCCUGUAAGUAUAGCUUUAUAGACUUUAUUAAUGUUUUUGUCUUGUUUCGUUUCCCUCUUCCAAACAAAUAAGCACCAUGCUCCCUUUCUAAGUGUUUGACUUGAUUUCUGUGAGAGUUGAAGCCUUGCAGAAGGAGAGGAACAGAGUAAGACCCCUGCAGUCAUCAUGAAGCCUUGCAGAAGGAGAGGAACAGAGUAAGACCCCUGCAGUCAUCAUGAAGCCUUGCAGAAGGAGAGGAACAGAGUAAGACCCCUGCAGUCAUCAUGAAGCUGCGUCUGCUCAGCGCUCGUGUGACGCCCAGCUUCCUGUGUACCACCGCACAGCAGCAAAGAAGAAGGCUAUGGAGGGCUUCUUUUUCUUUUUUUCAGGACGCCAAAUAUUUCAGGACUGUCGGGGGAGGGGAGGGGUCAAAAAGCAAAAUGAAACACUGCCAUCUUAUCUGACAACUGGAAUGUAGGUUUGAUGUUUUGGGGACAGCUUCACCUCAGUGCAAAGAGACACUCAUCCUCCAGUCCCAUCAGGAAGUGACUGCAGCUCUGAAACAGCUGAUUUGGUUCAUAGUGGCAUGUUGCUCUGCAGCUGAUGGAGUCCUGUGAGGUUACGAAGAUCAAAGUAUUCCUAUGAUGUAAAAAAUACUCAUAUACAGCAGGUCACAACACAACUGUCCAGUUUGUAUACUCUUAUUUUUAUUUGGCUCAUUUCAUCCUCCUAAGCUUUUAUUGAUGAGGGUGUCUCUAAAGUUUACUUAUUGUCAUUAACUUACCUUAACUGUGGAGUAGUUACUUAGUUUUGUUUUUUCCACACUUGUGAAAUGUUGCCUUGCAUCAGUGCCUUUUGAACUAUUGAAUUUGUAUUGAUCAUCUAUUCUGUCACAUCCGAGUGCCAUUUAUCAAAGCAAAAUGUUAGUUGUUGAAACCCAUUUAAAAGUAGAUGAAUUCUUGUCUCUUAAGCACUUACGCCAUACUUUUCUUCAAAGAAACCAGUUUCCAUCUUCAUCUGCACCUUGGUGUGAAGAGGCAGUUUAUUCAUGUUUUAUUAAAUUGACAAAAAGUUAUUUGGAUAUCUAAAGUGUUUUUUUGAUUUUAGCUGGGAAAACUGUCUUUGUAACAGAUAAGUUAUUUGUAAAAAAUAAUUAAAAAAAUCUAUUCUGA